UUCACGGAGUACUUUCAGCUUUUCUUAGAAGUCAUGUCUGGACGCGGAAAGCAGGGCGGCAAGGCGCGCGCCAAGGCCAAGACGCGCUCCUCGCGGGCCGGGCUGCAGUUCCCCGUGGGCCGCGUGCACCGCCUGCUGCGCAAGGGCAACUACGCGGAGCGGGUCGGGGCCGGCGCGCCCGUGUACCUGGCGGCCGUGCUGGAGUACCUGACGGCCGAGAUCCUGGAGCUGGCGGGCAACGCGGCCCGCGACAACAAGAAGACGCGCAUCAUCCCGCGCCACCUGCAGCUGGCCAUCCGCAACGACGAGGAACUCAACAAGCUGCUGGGCAAGGUCACCAUCGCGCAGGGCGGCGUCCUGCCCAACAUCCAGGCCGUGCUGCUGCCCAAGAAGACCGAGAGCCACCACAAGGCCAAGGGCAAGUAAAGGGGAAGUUUAGCGUCUUCCUCGAUCUCAACCAAAGGCUCUUUUCAGAGCCACUCAGUUUUCACUAAAAGGGCUGGCAUUUCCCGCAUUGUAGCAGCUGCUUAAAAAUGACCUUCAGUUUUCUCAACCUACCGGUAGGUGUCAGUGUGUAAACGCCUAGUAACGCGAGUAUAACUCCUAUAAAAACAAAACUUAACAUCAGCAAAGUAAAUCAGGUACAUCACGGGUACUUAAGGGAGUGAAUGCUCAGGACCUCGGGGUUAAACCGGAAAGAAAAGGACUGGAACUGCAGUUUGGUGAAAGGUGAAUAUUUAAUUAAGAAUCUUGUUAGUUACGGACAGGUUAAAAGCCAUCCUUCAGUCUGGAGUUGUUUUGCAUUUUAAUGGAGCAAGUUAUCCCCAACUCCCCUCUCUGGGACUCUCCUUAAUUGU